UGCCGACGCCUUCUUUGCUCCCACCAUCACAUCUUUGAGGACGUUGCCCAGCUGUUCGCAGAAACUCACACCCCGUCUGGACCGAGCCUGCACCUUGUGAGAGCUACCACGUACUCGUCAUGAUCCAAGUCAUCAAAUGCCAGAGCAAGCCCUGCAUCAACGGGUAUCCGGUAUCAAAGCUCGAGUGCCCGACGUGCCACAAGUUAGGAAUCCCGGGAUCCUUCUUCUGCGGUCAAGAGUGCUUCAAAGCCAAUUUUAUUCAUGCGCUGGCGAGAGCACCUCUACCUACCUUCAAUGAGGGCGAAGAGGGAACCUUCAAUCCUUGGCCCGCCUUCGGAUACUCAGGGACCUUGAGGGCCGUGUACCCGCUAUCUCCCAGACGUGCUGUACCGGACCACAUCGGCAAGCCAGAUUAUGCAAAAGACGGUAUCCCAAGGUCAGAGAUCAAGGAGCCAUACAACUCUAUCCGCAUCCUCAACAAGGAAGAGCAAGAGAAGAUGCGACUUGUUUGCAAGAUGGGACGCGAGAUGCUUGAUCUUGCCGGCUCGCAUGUUAAGCCCGGCGUCACGACCGAUGAGAUCGAUGAGAUCGUACACAACGCUCUCAUCGAGCGCAAUGCGUACCCUUCCCCCAUGAAUUACCGCAACUACCCGAAGUCGAUCUGCACGUCGAUUAACGAGGUUAUCUGUCACGGCAUCCCGGACAAACGCAAGCUGCGCGACGGCGAUAUUCUCAACAUCGACAUAUCGGUUUACUACGACGGAUUCCAUUCCGAUCUCAAUGCGACAUUCCCUGUGGGCGAGAUUGACGAGGAGUCGAAGAAGCUCAUACGCACGACGCGCAAAUGCCUCGACGAAGCCAUCAAGGUCUGCAAGCCGGGCGCGCUCUUCCGCGAUAUAGGCAAGGUCAUUGAACCGAUCGCAACCGCGAACGGAUACUCCGUCGUGCGCACCAUCGUCGCACACGGCGUCCACGAGCUCUUCCACGGGAACCCCAACAUCCCGCACUACGCGAAGAACAAGACGCCCGGAACGAUGAAGCCAGGCAUGAUGGUCAAUAUGGGUGUUUAUGGCAACGAGGUGUACUGGCCGGACGACUGGACCGUCACCACGGCCGAUGGAAAGAGGAGCGCUCAGUUCGAGGAAACGCUGCUCAUCACGGAAACGGGCGUCGAGGUGCUGACCGCAGGAGCGCCUUUGAACAUAUGAGCACUCAGACUCAUCGCCGACGGAAGUAAAGCCUGAGGAGAGCGUGGCACUGGUAGAAAACGGCGUAGCUUGAAUGUACACUCUUGUUUAGCAAUUGUUCAAUCCCCCAGAGCUUGUGAAUACGAGUGCCCGUCGAGU